ACCUGGAAACAUCCUGAUUUUUCCUGGAAACAUCCUGAUUAAACCUGGAAACAUCCUGAUUUAACCUGGAAACAUCCUGAUUUUUCCUGGAAACAUCCUGAUUUUUCCUGGAGGAACCAUCAUCAGACAUGUCUCCUUUCCUGCGGAUCGGCUUCUCCAACUUUGAGAUCGAUCCCGGCUUGGCGUACUACGAAGAGGUGCUGAACCCGUACUGCGCCGUCUACAUGAAGGAGGCCGUGGACACAGAGAAAGGCCAGGUGUACAAGCAGAAGAAGCCCACCAUGUACCCGCCGUGGAGCUCCACGUUCGAUGCCCACGUCCACCGCGGCCGCAUCAUGCACGUCAUGGUGAAGGACCGGACGGCCGAGCUGCGGUCCGAAGCCACCGUGGCGCUGGACUCCCUGGCCACGCGCUGCAAGAAGGAGAACGGCAAGCUGGAGAUCUGGCUGGAGAUGAAGCCGCAGGGCCGCCUGCUGAUGGAGGCCCGGUAUUACCUGGAGAAGAGCGAUGCUGCCGGUCAGGCCGGCGCCGACCCGGACUCGGAGCGCGGCAGAGACGGCCUGUUCACCCUGCAUCAGCGGCGCGGCGCCAUCAAGCAGGCCAAAGUUCACAUGGUGAAGUGUCACGAGUUCAGCGCCACCUUCUUCCCUCAGCCCACCUUCUGCUCCGUCUGCAAGGAGUUCGUCUGGGGUCUGAACAAGCAGGGCUACCAGUGCAGACAAUGCAACGCUGCCAUCCACAAGAAAUGCAUCGACAAGGUCAUCGCCAAAUGCACCGGGUCGGCGGUGAACAGCAAGGAGACCAUGAUACAUAAGGAACGCUUCAAGAUCGACAUGCCGCACCGCUUCAAGGUGUACAACUACAAGAGCCCCACCUUCUGCCAGCACUGCGGCACCCUGCUGUGGGGGCUGGCCAAGCAGGGGCUGAAAUGUGAGGAGUGCAGCAUGAACAUUCAUCAUAAAUGCCAGAAGAAGGUGGCGAACCUCUGCGGCGUCAACCAGAAGCUGAUGGCUGAAGCUCUGGCCGUCAUCGAGAGCCAGCAGCAGGCAAGAAGUACUAAAGACGGUGACAUCAUGGGUCGAGAAGGUCCGGUGGGCAUUGGCCAGCCGGGCGUGGUGCGGGCACCGUCCGGGUUGGUACCGGGUCUGCCCAUCACACCGGCACCUGCUAGCAAAGAUCCGACGGGCGUUUUGUGGGAGGGGCCGACCGAGGUGAGCAGGCCGACCCCAGAGGAGCCGCUGUACGCCGUCCCAAAGAAGGACCAUCACCAGAAGUUCAGCGUCGACGACUUCGUCUUGCACAAGAUGCUGGGCAAAGGAAGCUUCGGAAAGGUGUUUCUGGCCGAGCUGAAGAGGAGUGGGAAGUUUUUCGCUGUGAAGGCUCUGAAGAAGGACGUGGUGCUGAUGGACGACGAUGUGGAGUGUACGCUGGUGGAGAGGAGGGUUCUGUCUCUGGCCUGGGAGAACCCGUUCCUCACACACCUGUAUUGCACCUUCCAGACCAAGGAGAACCUCUUCUUCGUGAUGGAGUAUCUGAACGGAGGAGAUCUCAUGUUCCACAUCCAGACCUGCCACAAGUUCGACCUGCACAGAGCCACGUUCUACGCAGCCGAGAUCGUCUGCGGCCUGCAGUUCCUGCACUCCAAGGGAAUCAUCUACAGAGACCUGAAGCUGGACAACGUCCUGCUGGACUCGGACGGACACAUAAAGAUCGCCGACUUCGGGAUGUGUAAGGAGAACAUGCAGGACGACCUGCGGACCUCCACCUUCUGCGGGACGCCGGACUACAUCGCCCCUGAGAUCCUGCUGGGCCAGAAGUACAACAACUCGGUGGACUGGUGGUCCUUUGGGGUUCUGCUCUACGAGAUGCUGAUCGGUCAGUCGCCGUUCCACGGCCGCGACGAGGAGGAGCUCUUCCAGUCCAUCCGGACCGACUCGCCUGUCUAUCCCAGCUGGCUCACCAAGGCGGCCAGAGACAUUCUGGUCAAGCUGUUUGUCCGGGAGCCGGAGGAACGACUGGGAGUGAAGGGAAGCAUCCGGCAACACGGCUUCUUCAGCAGCAUGGACUGGAGCGCCCUGGAGCAGCGGCAGGUGGCGCCGCCCUUCAGGCCCACGCUGACGUCACCAAGCGACUGCAGCAACUUUGACAAAGAGUUCAUCAACGAGAAGCCGAAGCUGUCGUGUGCCGACCGGACGCUCAUCAACAGCGUGGACCAGACCAUGUUCAGGAACUUCUCCUUCGUCAACCCAGGGAUGGCCCGCAUCGCCGCCCUCUGACCCAAAACACCCAGGGAUGGUCCGCAUCGCCGCCCUCUGACCCAAAACACCCAGGGAUGGCCCGCAUCGCCGCCCUCUGACCCAAAACACCCAGGGAUGGCCCGCAUCGCCGCCCUCUGACCCAAAACACCCAGGGAUGGCCCGCAUCGCCGCCCUCUGACCCAAAACACCCAGGGAUGGCCCGCUUCGCCGCCCUCUGACCCAAAACACCAUCACUGACUGAAACCGAGUCAAACUAAAUGCGAAUGAAGAUGAGCCCGUCAACCCCACUGGGACUGGAACCAGUUAGGUCCGGUUUGUCGGUUUGUUCUGAGGUUCAUGCUGACUGCUAACUGUGAUCCUCCUGAGACCCAAAUCCUUUUUCUCCUCAUUAGAACUGUUCAUGGAUUUAUUAUGAAUCUCAAUGCAUUUCUUUUCCCCUGGAGGAUUUAAUAACUCAUUUAUUCAUGGAUUUCAUGUUUUCCUCAGGGAGAGUGGUCUGUUCAUCUGAACUGAUGUUCCUCCAGCUGUGUCACAUCCUUCUGUGAAUCCAGGUGUGUUGAAGCACAGACACUAAAGUAGCAGGACUUAUUUAGAACAUGGCUCUACAUCAAUGUUCCAGACAAUUUACAUGAAGACAAAUUUUUCCAAUUUAACACAAGACGUUCAAAAAGUGAGUAAAUUAGUGGGACUUGAAAAACUUUUAAUCGAGUUACAGCACAGUCUGUAUUUAAUCACAUUUAUCUACCAAAUAAGCAACAUUCUUAUUUCUAAAGCAAUUUCUGCUGCUAAUUUAUUGAAUAAAUAGACAUAUAACUUCAAUAGCAAAUAUAUUGUUCGUAAUCUUUUGAGGUUAUUAAACCAUCAGAUUGAAGCAAAGUGCUGUUCAAGCCAUUUGGUUUUCAACUGAUUCAAGGAACUAAUUAAAAAAUGAUUCUGUAGGAAUGCAGAAGCUGACAUUAUUGGGGACGUCUGAGCUGCUGCAUGUUUAGCAUGAAAUGCUACUUUAGGCUUAAAAAGCUUCGCCAAUAGGCUAACUCCUCUUAGCAGAAUUUCUACACAAACAGAAAUUAACCGCCAGUGGACCGAGAGAAGCGGCUUUGUCGUCCAUCGCUGUUAGCGAAUGUCGCUUGUGCGUCACAUUUACUGGCGUACCAGAAACGCGCGGUCGCCGGAACCUUCCUAUGGAAAAAAAUGCGGCUAAUAUAUUUAACGCGUUAAAAUCCGUCAUUAAUUAUCGACAACAACGUGUUAAAGUCCCGAUCCUAAAAUCAAAACGAUAAUCGGUCUGAUAUUCAGCUGCUGUUAGCGGCCGCAACUAUAUUUCUAUUUACUCGAUUAGCAUUAGCUAACAGAGUAACUCUGAAUUACCAUUAGCUAGGAACAGGACAACUCCUUCAGCUGGUUUAAUGGACCAUAUGGAUCACAUUGAACCAUUGAAGUUACGGGAAAUAAAUACCUCUAAAAGUAAAAUAAGAGCCUGAAUAUGGUGCUGAUGAGUUUUAAGACAGUUUAUUCCUCUGUUUGUUUAUGUUCAUGAAAACUUUUCUCCUCUGGGUCUCAGGAGGAUUUCUGGUUCCUCAUAAUCUGUAAAUAAAACUUGCAUGUGAUGAAUUUGGAUUGAGAUAAACUUGGAUGUAAAUAAGUGAGUUGUACUGUAGUCAUGUGGAUGGUUUCACUCCUGAAUAUUUAUAUUAAUAAAGUAUGUUUGUUUUUAAAUGUUUGA